CUGGUGACUCUUCUUUAAUACUACUAUCGUCGGUACUACCUAUACUUUUCUUCCGUCUUUUUUCCUUAAUUUAAAACAUUCACUGAAAACAGCCAGUUAUCAUGUACUCAUACAAUCAUUGCAACGUUUGUAACAAAGGCAGAAUAGAACGCAGAUGUAUGGGGCGUUCACAAAACACGUCCGGCCACUCCGAGAUCUACGUGUACUCACUGAUUGUUUACUGUAGCAAAUUUAUAAUUGCUCCUUUGGAAGUCCACAAGCGUGACUAUGAUAAACUGUCGGCAUUCUAGGAUACAGUUGUGCGCUCUGAUCUUAAAGAUUUUCUGUGAAUUUUAAAUCAAGAGGCUAACAGAGUGAUUUUCCGAAUGAAAUUUUCCAUGCCAUGCGUCCUUUAAGAAUACUACAAUUUAAGUGAAUUCAAGGUGUGCAUGUUUGUUUAGACAAACACGGUGCGCCGUAUCAGUAUUAUCGACAGUAAUUUUACAACUAUGUCACUCGUCUGAAGACUCAUCUGGAUAGAACUAGCUAGUUUCUAUUUUAGCAAUCUAGUUUCCUUGAAACAAAAUGUACCGUGCCUCAAAAUUACUUUUGUUCUUUGGGACUUUCCAUAUCGUCUCCUGCUCCAAGCUUGUGGUGAUUCUCAUGGAUGGGUUUCGAUGGGAUUAUUUUGACCAUGUGGAUUUGCCUGGCUUUGCUAAAAUGGCGAAAGAUGGCGUGAAAGCCGAGUAUAUGACAUCGGAUUAUCCUACGUUGUCCUAUCCAAAUUAUUACUCCAUCAUGACAGGUUUGCACACAGAAUCACACGGCAUGGUUGGAAAUUUUAUGCAUGAUACUAUUCAUGGCAAGAACUUCCUUAUUGGCGCAAAUCCUGACCAGUAUCUGCCGUUUUGGUGGGACGAUGCAGAGCCCGUCUGGGUCACAGCAGAGAAGCAGGGAAAGAAGUCAUACUUCUUUUACUGGCCCGGAUGUGAGGUGACUAUAAGGGAGACCAAACCCACAGUCUGCGUCAAAUACAAGCUUUCUUUGGUACCGGAGUUUGAUUAUUCACUUCAAGAGACUGUAGGACUACUACAGAACGAUUCGGCAGAUCUCAUAGGGAUAUACUUAGAAGCUCCGGAUCACUAUGGACAUAAAUUUGGAGUGAAUUCUCUCAAUUUGACCACAGUGUUGCAUGAUAUUGACAACAGUUUGGGCGAAUUCAGGCGAAAUCUGACUUCACUCGGCCUUCAUGACGAUGUUAACAUAAUGAUUUUUUCUGACCAUGGAAUGACAAACAUAACAAAGAUGGUGAAUAUUACAGAAGCCAUAGAAUUAAACGACAUUAAAGUGAUUUUCUCACCAGUUCCUUAUGUCAGCAUAUGGCCGAUGGAUGGAAAACUUGAUAAGGUGUACAACGAUUUACUCACUGCAAACUUAUCAAAUAUAACGAUCUACAAAAAGGAAUCUAUUCCUGACAGUUAUCAUCUAAAAAUCCAUCGGCGUACACCACCAAUUGUGAUAGAACCCGACAACGGGAUUGCAAUAGUGGGACCAUGGAAAUGCAACAAUUGCACAAGUAUGAAACCUGGAACAACCAACGUAGGGAUGCACGGAUACAGCAAUGCUCAUUCUGAUAUGAGAGCAAUAUUUAGAGCUGCCGGACCAGCCUUCAAAAAGAAUUUUGUGAGCCAACCCAUAAGUAAUAUUGAACUAUAUCAAAUAAUGUGUGACAUCCUCGGACUUAAACCUAAUGCAAAUAAUGGAACUUGGAGUAAUGUUGCGCAAAUGCUUGUCAAAACCGACCCAUCUGCUGGACGAUCAACAACAGUCUCGUUCAUCUUGAUCAUGAUUUCAGUGACCACUUCUACGCUGAAAUUCUUAUCUUGUCAACACUAGUAGCAGAAUCCCUUAUUCGUGUUUAUAGUGUCUCGGGGUGUUUUUACAUUUGUAGUGGAUUGUGUCAGGUAGAUCAUGUAGCUUGUAGAAACAUGUUUUUAAGACAUUUUUCUUAAACACCUCACCUAUAUACGCUGUGCAUGUACAAGUAAAGACAUUAGUGGGUGGGUGGGGGGGGGGGGGGGGGGGGUCAGUAUAAUGUCAUUGUGUAAACGAUUGAAAGUGAGGGAGAUCGUGCAUUUUAAUAAAAUUGCUAUUUUGAUAAAGAGAUGGGGUAAGAUUGAUUUAUAUUUAAAUCCGAUAAGCAAAAAAGUUAAGAAUAUGUAACUAGGUAAAAAAAAAAUAUGUAUAACAUUUCAUGGAUAGAAGUAGUUUUAUUAUAAAUGUAUUCGGGUUUUUCUGUAAAAAUCACAUUCUUGUAAAAAUUAUAUGCAUUAAAAAUGCACAAUUUAACGUUAACGAAAGACGGCCGACGAUAGAUGCAGACCAAUUGCAAUAGAUCACCCGAGUUUACUCGACCACGUGACCCAAAACAUUGAGGGGGGGGGGGGGGGGGGGUGGUGGUGGUGUUUAAAUAUACAAGAUAAUGGAAAGCAGAAACUACUUUAUUCAAAGUAAAUGAAGCGGGCAAAACAAAAUGAAAUUUAAUUUUCGACAAAUUUAUUGGAAUUAAUAGGGAUACUAUAGGGGAAAAUGACAUUUUCAAGCAGAAAUAUUGGGGGUUAUCAAAUAUAGGGAUUUUAUAGGAAAUAUAAGGCCGCUUGAAGGCCUGAUAUCAAUCUUGCAGAUGUCAUCCUUUAAUGGAAGUUCCUACAACGAACGCCUUGCGUCGAAUCUGUGAAACGGAAGUCGUCUCCAGAAAGGUGUUCCAUUCUUUUUCAACUUAAUCCAAUUGACACGCUAUUUGUUAGUUUUAUUCUCAGCGUUCUCUUUUCUGAAUUUCGAUGUGCCCUUUUUGUUUUCAUUCUGACUGAUAUGAAUUGGUAUAUGUUACAGUGUAAUAAAAUUGUCACCAUACCAUCAAGAAAUGAUUGAAAUAAAGGUUUCAUGAAGUA